AUGUCUACCAACUACAACACUCGCUGGGCCUGGGAGUCCAAGGACCCCCAAGCCCACCACGACGCGGCCUUGAAAGCCCUCUCAGCUGGAACAACGCUCACGACAGCAGCGAAACAGUACAAGAAAGUCCACAAGAAAGUCGAAAAGGAAGUCGACAGUGAUGUGGAUAGUGAUAUGGAUAGUGUUGGCGAGGUUGAGGCCUCUACCUCCACUACUGACCUUUCAGUCUUCCGUCCACUUCAGUGGAAGCCGGCUGUAAGUAGGAAGCGACCAACCAGUGGUUGGGUCUCUCUCUCCCACAGCUCGUCUUCCCACAAAGAUGGAGAAGAUUCUGUUCUGGCUGAGAGUGAGGCUCCCAAAACUUCAUCUUGGAUGGAGGUUGCACAACUUCCUGAUGUUCCUCUUCAGGACAGUCAUCCUCAAGAAAAGAAUAACUCUUUUACUUCUUCAUCCCCGGCUCCGGCAUUCCGCCGUUGGGGAAAUUCGAGACUUCAUCUGAAGCCUCGGGGUGGAGCAUAA